AUCUACUACACCGUGCUGCUGCUUCUAGUUUAGUCCCCACCCUCUUCUUUUUUGACACUUCAUUCUCUGUGUCUCCAGCUCUUCCAUGCUUUUCUCUUCUCUGCCAGAACCGGAUUUUGUGGUGACUCUUUUCAAAAAUGCGGGACAAGGACAAACAGCUUGGGAAAGGGGCUGGGGGCAGGGGGUGAGACAUCCAAACCCCCUUGGGUUUUGUCCCGGAGGUUUCGUUGACUGGCUUGGUUGGGGCCUGGUGAGGUCUUAGGCUGGAGAAGGGGAUCAGAGAAGCUAGAUCUGUUUCUAGAACUGAGCUCAGUCCUGAGACUGGGACCUGACUUUGCCAACCCGGAGGCUUAAUCCAGUGAGGAUACCGAGAUAGCUUAGUCGUAGGCCUUAGACAGGCCACGAGAGUGCCCGUUCUGCUGUGGCCUAUGCCAGUGAAGACCGUUGUUCUUGACUACGGGUAUGCCAGUCUCAUAAGCUGCUGCCACUGCGUACACCUUGGCCCUUUCACUUGGCAGCCUCAGUCCCGGAUUCCGAGACGAAUCAUCAAGAGAAACAGAAGCGCUGAGUAUGGUGCUUUGUGCACAGUAAGUGCUCCAAAAAAUACCAUCGAAGUGGUCGAGCAUAGUUAAGAGGGUGGCUGGGGGAGCCUAACCGUAGUUCCCGUGACCCCAGCUCAGCCUCUUGCUGUCUUCUCUCCCUCCACUCCCAAAUUCCGUCUCCUCUGCCCAUUCUUUUCCUCUCUUCACCUGCCCUUUAGGCGGUUCCUCCUAAUUGAAAACCCAGUGGCCGCUCACCUCAGCAGGACCCCCAAUGGAAAGAAAAACUCUUCUGACUGGCCUUGGGUUCCAUUAGGACAUUUAGAGGUUGAAUAUAGGACUGCCACUGGUGACUAAUUUCUGAUUCCUGGAAGAAGUUCCAACCGGUCAGCCCUGAACCCAGACUCCCCCUUGAGAUCUGGGGAGCUGCGGUGCGAGGAGAAAGCCUAGGGAUUAAAGAAGGCUGUUGACAAAGUCACCUGAUAUUUCCAAGAAGGUGGGGCAAUCCUGGGGUAUUAGUUAUAGCUUCCACCUUCCUCUUGCUGCUUUCCCCUUAAUAGUAAUGAUAAUUGUGGUAUUUGCGAAGCACUUAUUAUGUGCCGAGCACUGGGAUAGGUAUAAGAUAAUCAGGUUGGACACUGUCUGCAUCCCACAGGGGCUUCACAGUUUUUCCCUACUUCCCACACGGCCAAUUUACCCUUUCGAUACGAACCAAAGCCCCAAACCAUCCAGCCAGCUUGUCCUUUCUAAACAUCGGUAGAAUCUGUCCCUGAGUCCGCAGAACUGUCCGGAAAGAGAGACAGUUGGGCCCUUUCUACCUGUACCUUAUGCUUGCUAAAACUUGUCUUCCUCAAAUCUGUUUACGUGAUCUUUCCAAUUUCCCUGUUUCCCUCGAUUCUAGAAUACGAUUAUGUGGUCACUCACACCAAGGUUUCUGUUCGCCUUUAGAUCACUGAUUUAUUGUUAAUAAAAUCAAAUGGAGAAGGGCACCCGCCCAGCUGUUUCCUAGGAGAUGGUCCCUAACACCCUAUGCGAUCACAAUCCCAAAUGAUGAGGCGAAACAAUGGCCCGCUGGAAAGCGACGGCAGCAAGAUGGACUUGCGUGGUGAGCGGCCGACAGGAGAGGGAGGCUUUCCCCGAACGUACCAUCUGGGAAGACUGCUACUAAGAAGAAGAAUUGAAAACUGAGUCAGCUACAACGACAGCUCAGCGAAGAACAAUCUGUGUGCCUAGUGUGGAAAAGACUUGGACAUUUAUCAGAUGAACCGAGGCAGAAGGUCCCAGGAGUCACCCGAAUCCAGCGGAGAUGUGGAUGGUGGCAACAUGUCUUGACCUGGGUUUAUGCAUCAAGCAGCUCUUCUGGAACAACCAGUCCCGGUUCACCAGGUUUGCAAGGAAAAAUGUCGCCAAUACUUUAUCCGUUGCUAAUAUGAUCACAGGCCUCUCCUCCAUCUUCUUCAGUUUCAAUGGAAAAUGCCAGGGGGCCUGUUGGCUGCUCCUGCUUGGCUUCCUGCUGGAUCUGGCCGACGGGGCCGUGGCUCGGCAGCUCAACACCUGCUCCACCCUGGGAGCCAAAAUGGAUGACUUUGCUGACUUCACCACCUUCGGGAUUGCCACGGCCCUCCUCCUGCAGGUGGAUGGCCUACUCAGCGGACUUCUGGCAAUCUUCUAUGUCCUGGCUGUGUUUCUCCGCUUGUGCUUCUAUUCAACUGGAAUUCCCUUCACCUACCGGGGACUGCCCUGCCCAUACGCCGGCUCCUUCUUGGCUUCAGUCUCCCUCCUGACGAGCAGCAACGUGGUGAUCUUGCGCAGCCUGGCCCUGCUCAUGAUGCUCUUCAUGGUCGACCAGAGUUAUUACCCCCACGAUAAGGUCCUGGAGUCACAGAGGUGGAAGAAAGUGGUCUUUGCAGGCGGUGUUUUCAUGUUGAUCUGGUCUUCCUUGGACACGGCUUCCUUCUACUUCCUGACCUGGGCCACUUCCUACAUCAUCUUCCCAACAGCUCUGUGGGGUAGGCUUGCUUAACGGAGGAGCCGGGAUUAGGGCGAAUGGACAGCCCUGGGCUCAGUCGGGAACCUGCCAGUCACCACCACCACAUUCCUGAUCCUCACUAAAUCUCUGGUCGUCCCCCGCUCCGGACAAGCGGCGUUCAGGUCGUUUCUGUAAACGUGAAUCCGAGCAGCGCAUGGGUUGGGAAUAGCGGCUUUUCCCCUUCACCACCCACAGGCCUUCUGCGUGCCCGUCCUUCAGGCCACCCUGUCGAAAGCAAUAAAGAACCGUGUUGGCACUUUUA